CCUAUAUAUAGAUACAUACGUUGUCUCUCUAGAGAACUCUCUCGCUAGAGAGUGACAUAGUUGACAAGGAGGCAUUGUAUUUAAAUUCUACGGUUGGCGAUCUUCAACAAUAAGAUGUUGAAUAUCAAUGUAGGAGUGCUGGGUCAUGUGGACAGUGGAAAGACGUCGCUAUGCAAGGUCCUGAGCACAGUCGCUUCGACCGCAUCGUUCGAUAACAAUCCACAGAGUCAAGCACGGGGUAUUACGCUGGAUUUAGGUUUCAGCAGUUUCAAAAGAAAGACUCCCUCGCAGCUGGAACAUCUGGGUAAGGGACAUUGUACGAUGUACUAA